UCCUCGCAACAUCUGGAUAUUGCACUUUUGUAUCUGAUAAGAGCUAUCAAGAUGCUGGAAUACUUCACAUAUAAGAAAGUAAAGAAGCACCAAGCUGAGAAGCGAGCCCGAGAAGAUGCUGCUCAAACGCCGCCACUCAAACCAGUUCUAAGCCCCGACAAUGAGAGAUUCAUCGAACACCUCGUCUCUGAAGGGACACCGCCACCACUUCCCGAACGCCCGACUGCCCCGAACCAAGAGAUCGUUGUCGCCGAUGAAAGCACGCCGCAGCUAGAGAGGUCUAUAAGCAAGGGCAAAAACAAGGAGAACGAGAAGGGUCCAGAGAAAGCGAAGAAGAAGGAAAACCGAUUCUCGUCCUUGUUUACGAAGUCGAAGAAAGACGACAAAAAUGCGAAGGCAAAUCUCCCGGCGGAAGAGGUUGAGAAAGAGGAAGAUGAUAUCACCCGAGUUUUGAACGACCUCAACCUGUCGGCAGUCAACAACCGCGCACUGUCCCUCUCAAAGGAAUCCAACGAGCUCAUGGAGAAGUUCACCCUUGUGCUUAAAGACCUCGUCAACGGUGUCCCAACUGCAUACGAUGAUCUGAUCCAUCUUUUGGAUGACUCGCAUGGCACACUUUCGAAGACGUAUGAGCAACUUCCUUCGUUCAUGAAGAAAUUAAUCGCGCAAUUGCCCGAAAAGUGGACUAGUUCGCUGGCUCCAGAGCUUUUGGCUACCGCCGCAGAGGCCCAGAAGUCAGGUAUGGCGGAAGGUGCUGCUAGUGCAGCAGCUGGCGGGGGAUUUAUGGGAGCAGCUAAGGGAUUCUUAAAGCCGAACGGCUUGAAAGACCUUGUCACGAAACCGGGAGCGGUGGCCGGGUUAUUAAAGACGAUCAUGAAUUCCCUGAAGUUGAGGUGGCCUGCAUUCAUGGGCACGAAUGUUUUGCUUAGCUUGGGUCUAUUUGUUCUACUUUUCUUCUUCUGGUAUUGCCACAAACGAGGCAAGGAAGUACGACUUGCAGCAGAAGGCAAGACAGAAGUGGUCGACAGUGAGGGCCGUAUUGUCGAGCUUGAGGAUGAUUCAGCGUUGGAGUCCAGCGCGACGCCCAAUGCUGAGUCGAGACGACGAAGCCGUGAUUCGCGUCGUCGUGAUCGCUCAAACAACAAUGCUUCGCCGAGACGGCUAAGCCACGAUUCGCGUCGUCUCGAUAGCGGCUCUUCACCAAAGAGGAGAAGUCGUGAUUCACGUCGGCAAGAUGCCUUGGACGAAGCCUCUUCAUCCAGACGUCGCCACGACUAAGGCAGACCAAGUGGAAAGCAUUGUAAUGAGAGUCAAGGGAGUCCAGAAAAUCAUGAUUAUGAACGAUAGGGCUAUUACCAGAAGACGGCUGUUAUGCUACUGAUGCGGGAUGGAUACAAUAAUGAGGCGCAAAAACGAGUUCUGGUAUGCGGAUGGAGGGGGAUGGAUCACAUGUAUGACCAUGAUUGGCAAAUAAUAGUCGAUCAAUAUACCAAUUUGAUUUG